AUAUAACUAAAAAGUGAGAAUUCGUAAGGGAGACCUUCGAGUGAGAGAAAAUGGGAGGUGGAGGAUGAGCAGGAAUAAGACAUUGGGGGAUAAAGAAGAGAAGAAGGAAAGGGAAGAACUCUUGAAAAAUCAUUAAUAUACGUAGACGUUCGAUUCCACGAAGGAAAUGCAUUGUCACCAGAUAAAUGGGUUUCGCAAUAAAUAAACCAACAAGAAUGACUCAUAAGCCCUAACAUGGCUACCAACCGAAGACAAAAUUGCCAUACCUAUAAUAGAAAACAAAGAUCAUCACAUAUCAAAAUAUCUCAAUUGACAAACAGUUUAAUACACUCGCAAUCAAUGUCAUGUUAAAACUGGAGACACAUGGGCCUCAAGUAAGUCAUGCAAUACAAAGAAAAAGAAGGCCAGCCGUUUGUCCUCCUGACUCCAGCGGCCAUUCAACAGACGCCGAAGGAGAGCAACUGCAGGAGGUUGCCCGCUGAUGAUGUAAUAGAAUGUGUGCAAGGACGAUAAGCAGAUGCAAACAUGGACUGUGUUUGGGCUUGCACUAAGAUGAUGGAUCGUCCACGAAAAAGAGUCAGGGGUAGAUGUAAUGCAGCCAGGUUAAGAAGGGUUAUACCAGCCACCAGAAAACAUGUGUCAGGAGCUAGCUUACCCAUAUUAAGUGUACCUGCCUCACCUGGUCAUUCAGAGGUCAAAACUCAAGAGAGUAGUACAAAAGAUCAUGACUCAAAUGGUACAACACACAUUGAAGUGGUUCUGUCAUGCACAGAGGAUCAAAAUGACAUUACUUCCCCAGUAGAGGCUGAGGAAACAUCAUCUACCACUGGUUGCAUAUCAGGACCUACUAUGGUUUGUAGAGAUUUGGAAUUAAGUAAACCAACAUGUAAGACGGAACCUUGCAAGUUCAAGGCUAGUUCAGAGGAGGAAUAUGAAGAUCCUGUUAAGAAAUUAAGAGUAUCUGAUACUGAAUACAAACAGGAAUUGAGUGUUGGUGGCAAUAUUAAUGGAAAAUGUGGAUUGCAAAUUGAAAAUACUUUGAGACCUGAAAACCAAAGUAUAUAUUUGAAAUCAGUCUUGGAUCAACACAGUGGACGUGAUAAUGUAACCUCAGCUAUGAAGCUGGGUGAAGAAAUUGCAGAUAACAUGUAUGGCCAGCACCAUGAAAAUAACCAGUCUGUAGAUAUGGAAGGAGUGCACUAUGAUGAUGAUAAUGGAAUUUCAUUUGUAAAGCCAGACGAGAAAAAUGCAGAAAGCACAGAUGUACAGCACAAUGAAAAGGAGAAUGAAAUCUCGUCUUUAAUGCUGGUUGGAAAUAUUGCAAAUGACGCAUGGGACAAGCAUCAGGGAAAUAAUACUCUUGCUGAUACCACAAUUGAACAGCAUGGAGAAAAAAAUUGUAAAAUUUCAUCUAUUAUGCUGGAAGGACAAAAUGCAGAUUACUCAAAUAGCCUGCACAAUGUUGAUAAUGUAAUGUCAUCUGCUGAGUUCAGCAGAAAAACUGCAGGUAUUGGAAGUUGCACAUCAUCCAGUGAGAUAGGCCACAUCCCAAUAGAAGCAGAAAUCUUGAACAAAUCACAGAUGUUAAUCAAAAAGAAAAUCAAAAGAGUAGAGAACAUUUGUAAUUCAGAUAAUGUAAAGGAAGGAGUAAUAAGAAAACAAGAUGUUAUUAACACUCCUUCAGUGAAAUAUAUUGAAGAUUCUGUUGUCACUGAGGAGAAGAAAACAGAUGAGAAAAUAGAAAAUAAAAGUAAGGAGGGAAAUGCACUAGCAUUACAGAUCAGAGGACCAGUCCGUAUCAACGAUAAAGAAAUGAGUUCACAGAAUGUUGAAGACAGGUUGGGAGCCUCUCCUAAUAAUGAUGUAAAUUUGAAGGAAAAUGCUCUCCAGGCACAAAAGAAACCAGUCAUGAAAAAAUAUCCCAACAUUAGAUUGGAAUCGAAAGUGGUCAAUGUUCUUUGUAAUGAUGCAGAAAGCACUUUAAAAGAAAAAGGUGCAGAAGGCAAUGAGAAUCAUCUUCAUUUGCAGAAAUUGACUUCUGUUACAUAUCCAUUAAGCAAUGUUAUGGAGGCAAAAGUUUUGGAUUUUCAACCAAGUUCUUGUACGGUGAUAAAGGCAAAAAAAAGUUUGCCAAAGACUACCAUUCUGGACUUGUCAUCUAGUCUUUGCAAAAUAUCAGAAGGACAGGGUCAUACACCCAUAGAUACUAUUGGCUCAAGAUCAGAAGAACAAAAUAAUUCUAAAAGACACAAUAUAUCAAUAGAAACACCAGGAAUAGCUUGUGCUAUUACAUCAGAAGCUGAACUUCAGAAUCAGAAUACUGCUGUAUAUAGCAGGGCAGAAGAAAUGCAAGAUAUGUCAACAUGGUCUACAAAUGAUCAGAGAACAGUACAAACAUUGCUAGAACAAGAAAGAGAGAAAAAUGUAGAAAUAGGAAAGCAGACUGGCAUGUUAAUUUCUGAGUGUAGUGGGUUAGGGACACUAAUUAUAGAUGAAGAAAAUAGUCAUCGCAUAGUUGACGAUGGCAAUGUGUCAUUACAUGAUCAGGAUUCAGACAGUAAAGAAGUAUCAAGAGAUGGUCAUAAUUUGCUUAACAUAAUUGCUCAAAAUUCAGUAUCAGUCAUUGAAGGAUUUUCAUGUAGUAAAAAUAUGGGAUCGACUGUAUUUGAAGAUGAAUUUAACCAACCAAUUGAGGGUACUAAAUAUGUAAUGGGAGAGGAGAUUUACAAUAAUGGAAAAGAUACAGAAAGUAAAGAAUCAGUACUGGAUGUCCAGGAGACAAAUAAUGAUGAAAAAGAUGAUCUUGAUAUGAAAAACUUUACAGCAAGAAUAAAUGUUGAUUGCCAAAGGCAGGAUUUGAAUUCAGUAGAUGGAAAAAGGGCAGAAAGCAGUGAAGAAAGGCAUGCUCAAAAAGUUGAAAAACAGCACCAGAGAGGCUUCGAUGUGAAUCAAGGUGGCACCAGUAUGAAAGGAUUUGAAUUUGAAGGUUUUGUGAAGGUUCGGAAAAUUGAAAGAGAAAUGACCAAGGCAGUUAAAGAUGAUAUUUGUUCCGAAUCAGUGGACUGUCUUGUACAGAAACAAACCUGCAAAGGCGUGCCAGAAUCAAGUGGAGUGAAAGAAAAUACCUCUGACUCAUUACUGCAGUCCGAUUAUAUUUCUCAUUCACAGGUGAAGAUGACCUCUCUGCUUACGAUAUCAGGAGCCCUAGGCUGCAAAAAACAGCUUCUAAUUGUACCACGUUCAUACUUAACUGUGGAAUUGGUGAUGGCAGCCAUUAGCCUUGGAAAAUUUUCUUACAAAGAUAUUCACUCUUGGGUUUGCAAAAUAUGUAGACCAGUAAAUAGAGACUUCACGGAAGUAAACAGAAAACAGUUUUUGCAAUAUGAACUAUUACACAAAAUCAUUUCAAAAAGUUGUGAUACAAAAAAGAGGAGUCAUUGGGAAGAAAUACUUAAGAAGACUUUAUAUGUAUUGCCUAGAGGUGAGGGUUGGUCUUUGAUCUUUGAAAAGAUUCCUGAUAUUUGCCAGGAUUUGGUCACAUGUGAUUCAGGGUUUUCUAAUAUUACAAAGAAAAAAACUGUUACAUUCUUAAAGAAGUAUAGAAGUAAUACAGUAGAAGAGAAACUUGAACUUGUGGUGAAAAAGCUUCAACAAAAAAGCACACAGGUAAAAGUUCUAAGAGGAAAGCAAAUGUCAGCAAGUAGAGAAUUGAAAAACAUAAAGGAGAAAUUGCAAGAAAAAAUAAAUGGACUUAGGGCAUUUAUAAAAGUUCAUGGAGGCAGAAACCCAGACUCGUACUUGAAACCAAGCAGUUCCAAGAACCAGAAAGCAGAGAAAAAUUUUAUCACUGAAACUGAAGAGGUUCUUGCUAACCUUUAUGAACUGGUAGGGGAAAAAGAAAUGAAGAAUGGCGAGCUUCAGCAGGAAGUGGCAGACCUUAAGGUUGUGAUAGAUGAAAAAGAUAAAGAAAUUCAACAGAAAAAUAAACUUGGUCCUAGAACAGAGGCAAAGGCUGUGAUACCGAUGGAGAGCAUGUGUGAAAAGAAGCAAAAAGAUCAUGUAUUACAUAUUAAACACCUUCAAGGAAAAUUGAGAAAAACUAAGGAAAUGAUCGGCUAUGAAGAAUUAUGCAGUAGUCGACUAAGGGAAGAAUUAAGGACUCAGAGACAACUUUUAGGGGAAAAAGAUCGUAUAAUUGCACACAAUGAAAAGAAAAUAGCAGAUUUAAAAAGUGAUGCAAUAUCUUGCAGAUCUUUUCAUGGUCAACUUGAGCAUAAAUUACACGUUGCACAUUGCUCACUGCAGGAACGAGAUGUGUAUAUUAGAUCUUUAGAAGAUCAAUACUAUGGAAUCAGCCAAGAACUGAAAAUGGCCAAUUUCAAUCUACAGGAGAAAAUUUCUGUCAUUCAGCAACAGCAGAACCUCCUUGAUCAACAGAAAGAAAGGUAUCUUUGGAGUUGUAUUGAUAAUAAGAAAAAUCAAGGUAAACAGAAUGGAAAUGAAUUGGUGAGCCAUUACAUGGAAGAAUAUAAUAAACAUUUAGCAGAUUUGGAAAACAGAUUGAUUCAGUGCAACAAUAUUUUGAGUGAAAAAGAGAAUUUCAUAAAACAGCUACAGAAAAAUUUCUCAGACUAUCAGGCUUUUGUUAAGGAGAGAGAGUCUCAGCUGGCAGCAAGUAGAAUCUGCCAAAAAUGUUCAGAGCCUGCCAGUAAGUUUGACUGUGAACUUCCAAGCAGUUCUUGGGUCCAGUUGUCAGAUGAGAAAAAUCCCACAGAAGGUGAGUUGUUAGCGAGGAAAGAUGAGAAGCUGCGUAGUGCUUAUAAAAGGGUACAGGAAUUGCAUGGAGAAGUAGAGUACCUGGUAGAAAGGACCAAAGCUGGGUCUUCAACUAGUGAUCUAAAAGAAACGUUGGAAAUGAAGAGGAAGAACGCUGCUCUUCAGCAGUGCAUCAUAACACGUGAAGAGAUGAAUGCGCAGUUGGAAGAAAAAUUGAGUGUGCAGAAUAAAGAGCUUGCACAUUUUAAGGAACAGUUACAGAUGAAAAGUACCAUCAUCGAGUACUUGCAAAAUUUCAUUGUUGAUAAGGAACCUAUAACAGUAAAUACUGGUAUUGAGAAUGUAGGAAUCUCUGGUAACACAAAAGCUGAAAAUAAGUCAAAUGGUAAUUGUGAAAGAGACAAAGAUAGAGAUUUUCUUGGGUCAGACCCAGUUCAUUCACCUCUGAUGAAAAGCAGUGUAGGCCAAGUUGAAAGUCAAAGCUGUUGCAGCAAUCUUGAGAAUGCCAAGAAUAGCCCUCAGAUUGGAGAAUGUUUAAAAGUUCAACAAGGAGUUCUUAUUACCCAGAAAGAAAUAAGUGCACCUGAUAAGAAAGACAUGGGGAUUUAUCAAAAUAAGACAGACACAGAGACUGGGUCAUAUUGUGCUUACAAAAAAAAAGAAAGCACCAAUAUUGCGAGUUUAUUUGAGAAAGUUCCUCAAGCAGAGAGCAGAAAAACCUUCAAAGAAAAUGUUGGCAGUUACAGUAACAUAAAUGUGGGCAGCCAGAAAACUAUGAAUUUACAAGGAGAAAGUCAAAGUUAUUCAGGUGUUUUCACUUAUGAGAAACAUUGUAACACCACAUUUGAGUCUUCCAAAUUAAUACAAGGCCAGAAGACAAGUGACAUCACUUUGGAGCAUAGAAGAGUGAAUUUAGAAAUUAAUGUGCCAGAGAGCAGUGAAAAACAGUUUCUGACCUGUGAUCCUGAAAAGGGAAUAUGUGAUCAGGCAGAUCCAAAGUUACAACUACCUAAAUGUGAGCAAGGUAGAAAUAUAGAAGCUGCUGAUGGUGAAAGGAAAACUAUUGAAGAAAAGGACUCAAAAGAAACAGAAAAGCCUUCCCCAGUAAAAAUAACAUAUUCAGAAUAUUGUAUGAGAAACAAGAACAAAAUCUUUCUUCUUUCAACAAGCAACAACAACAAUGAAACUGUCGUAGGACGAGAAAGAUUAUAUUCUAGUGAAAAUUUAUCACAAGAGAGUGGGUGGCAUGGAGUCAAUUAUUCAAAUAUCACACAAGAGAGAAAACAUCAAAACUUAGAAGCUGGGUAUGGUGAAAUGGGCAGGAAAAGAAAUCUGUCCAAAGAAAUGACUCUAGAAAUUGAACAGACAAGCAGUAAGGAAAGUAAACGCAGCAAAUUUGAUGUUGACAAGAAGGGUAAAGUUUUGCCGGUCAAAGAAAAUACUGCAAAAAUUCCACCAAGGAUUCCAGAUGAAAGUAAAACAAGCAAAAUUAAAAUUCAGGAAACAGGCAAGUUAAAAGCAAAGAUCCUUUGGAAGAAAUUAGAAAACUGAAGAAGUUCAUAGAGGACUUAAAAUACAGAAAUGAAAAGGCCUUGACAAAAGAGACUGCAAGAAGAGCGAAAGUAGAAACUGUAUCAAGAAAAAGAGAAAUUGUUUUGGCACAGAUCUUAGAACAAAAUCAGAAACUGAAGAGGCAGGUAAAGGAAAGCGAUGUUGCACUCACAUUAAUUGAAAGAGAGAGGGAAAGGGUUAAUCAGCUCUUGUUGGAGAAUGAACGUGCACUAGUUGAAGCAGCAAGAACCAAGGAAAAAUUCACCAGAAGUGUAGAGGAAAAAGACAAAGCUUUGGAGAACAACCAAAAAGAACUAGAGGAUUUUAAAGAGGAUUUAAAAAGAAAGGAAAAAGCUUAUGAAAAAGAAAUUGAGAAGUACAAGACUGAUGUUUCAAGUAUGGAGAAGGAAGUAGGUACAUUAAAAUUAUGUUUGGCAAAGAGGGAGGAAUUAUAUGAAAAGGAUUUUGCAGCAGCCAAUGAAAUAAUCAAAGAGAAAAAUAAAGCUUUGGAGAAUUUACUCAGUGAAAAAAGCUGCCUGUGUGGAGAAAUCAGAAAGAGGGGAGAAGAAUUACUGUCAGUGAAAGAAGAGGUAAUGAAGCUUAGAAAUUCCUUAAUAGAACAAAGGAAAGAACUUUCUGUUUACCAGGUAGGAAAGAGUCAAGAAAAUAAGGAAAGGACAAAUAGCCUCAUAGAGGCUAUAAUUACAGAUGAGGGAAAAAAUCUUGGUGGAGAAAAACACAGUGCCCAGGCACUAAGUCUGGAGGAAGCAAUUGGUAGUCUUGAUUGCAUCAUACAGGACAUCAAGGGUCAACUUGCAUCACUAAAGGAGGAGUUAUCUAAAAUAGAAGCAUAUAAAUUCAAGCUGAUACAGGAUAUGAUGGGAGAGAAGGAGAGAGUACAGAAUGCUUCAAAACAACAACAGGAAAGGUUGAAUGAGACUGUAGCAGAACAUGAAAACUGUAGAACAAAAAUAGAGGCCUUAAGUGAGUCACUAGUUUCUGAGGCAGAGAAGUCAAAAAAAGUGUUGGAAGAAGCACAGAAUAAGAUGGAACAAAAGGAACAGGAGCAGAGAGACUCACUAAAUUGAAAAAACACCUAGAAGCAGAACUAGAAACAAACAAAAAACAUUACACAUUACUGAUUGAAAAGGAAAAUUAUUGGAAGCAACAGCUAAGCAAUGCUCAAAACUGCAUCGAAGAACUAACUGCUGCAAAGAGUUUUCUUGCACAGCAGUUACAGGCUAUUGAUAUAUCUAAGGAACAGCUCAGAAAAGAACUUAAACUUGGAAUACCUAAGCAAAAAGUGUGGAACUUAGACCAGGAACUGACAAAAGUGUGCGACUUGAAAAGACAACUAGAUGAAGAAAAGAAAAAGAGCUUGGGUGUGAGUCGCCAUUUGUUGGAGGAGAAGAACAGAAACAAAAACUUACUCCGAAAACUGGAGAGAAAAGAGAAUUUGAAAAACACCAGGGACCCAGACCAGCCAUCUCUCUGUACCAGUGAAAGUCAGACAACCAGUUCCCUUGAGGAAGAAAUGCACACCAUUUUGGAAAAUAACAGAAAAGUCCAGCUGACUUUGGAAGCUGAAAGGCAGGUAUCGGAAGAUUUCUACAAAGAGCUGUUGCUAGAGAAACGAAAGAAUGCAUUUUUAAAUGACUGCUUCAAACAUGAGUGCACAGAAUCUUCAAAAGACAUGGAGCACCAGCUCUCCUUUUUUACUUGGAUGGCUGACAAGUAUCGUGCCAGAAUGCGUAGAAUGGAUGAGUUGUCGAGUACAAUGCAGGAGUUUACAGAAAAUUUGGAAGACCAGUGAAAUUGUAUUAUUUCAGUAUUCAGAAAUAUAUGAAGUAUUUUUGUAGCUAAUUUUGGGCUAAUUAUCAAAGUUCCUAUAUUUUCAUGUGAAAGUAUGUUAGAUUUUUGUUAAGAGGAUUUCAAUUGUUGCAAAUAUUUUAUAAUGAAAUUAUGUUUUGUAAUGUAAUAUAACAUACAUUUGAUAUGGAAUGACUUGUUAUUGAUGGUCAAAUUCUAUGACCUCUUCUCCUUUUUUAACUUCUCCCCACUCCCUCUUUGUUUUUUUGAAACCUUGUCUUUUCUAUCCUGUCAUUCCCUUCUCUGUCAUAUAUACCAUCAAAAAUUUAUGUAACCAUUCAUGAAUGAUGGUAAUGAAGAUAUAUAAAAGAAAUGUUUUUGUUGCCUUUUUAUACUACUUAAUUAUAAAUUUAUAAAGGAUAUGGAGUAUAUAGGUAUGUGUAAAUGGAAAGGAAUUUGGCCAAACAUAGUCGUGAAUGACUUUAUUAGGUCUUGUAUCUACAGUGUUUUAAGUCAACAGUUUUCUUAAUUUUUGUAUUUGUUUUCUUGCAAAAUAGACUUAAAGUUUUAUUUCUACCUUUCACUCUUUGUCUUAAAGUGUCAAGUUGCUCAUCUUGGACUAGAUGUUCAUCAUCAAAAUUUUAUGAUUUACUUGUGAUAGCUUUGACACUGCAGUUUUAGUGUUGUUGUUUUUUUCUUCUUCUUUUUUUUUUUCCAAAUUAAUGAUUGAUGUAAGUUAUGCAAAAUUGUUUUUCUUGCUUCUGUGAAUAACAAUUUGGGAAGAAAAAAUGAAUGCCAUAGUGUUAAGCUGUAAUGGCCUGAACUCUCAUCCUUUGUACAAACUAUGCAUUUAUAAUGAAACCAAUAAAUUUUAUUUACAAUG